CCAACCAGAGAGAGACACAUAGAGUUUGAAGAAGGAAGCAGAAAGUUGCAUCGAUCUUGAGCUAGAGAGGCUCAAUGGCUUCACUACUACUUAGUGCUUCUGUCAGAUCAUUUUUCCUCUUCUUCUUCUUCCUCCUUCCACUAUGUCUCUUCAACUUUCUACCUCUCUCUCAAGGUAACGAUAAGGAAUGGAACCAUGGAUAUGAAUUCAUAAGGAAGGCGAGCUCAUUCUCAUCGUCACCGUCGGAAUCAAGCAGCAGCAGCAGCAGCAAUGGCUACGAUUACAUAAUAGUGGGGGGAGGAACGGCAGGAUGUCCUCUAGCAGCAACGCUAUCGGAGAAGUUCAGUGUGUUGGUGUUGGAGAGAGGGGGAGUCCCUUUCACGAACCCUAAUGUGUCGUUUCUUGAGAACUUCCACAUCACACUGGCGGACACCUCACCAACCUCAGCAUCCCAAUGCUUCAUCUCAACCGAUGGCGUUCUCAAUUCAAGGGCUAGGAUUCUUGGUGGUGGUUCCUCCAUUAAUGCUGGCUUCUACACUCGAGCCAGUUCAAGAUUCAUAGAGAAGGUGGGGUGGGAUUCUAAGCUGGUAAAUGAAUCAUAUCCAUGGGUUGAGAAGCAGAUUGUUCAUCGUCCAACGUUUUCAGCUUGGCAGAGAGCAGCCAGAGACAGCCUCCUAGAUGUUGGUGUCUCACCUUUCAAUGGAUUCACCUAUGAUCACAAAUAUGGAACCAAGGUUGGUGGCACAAUCUUCGACAGAUUCGGCCGCCGCCACACUGCCGCCGAACUUCUUGCUACCGGCAACCCUGAUAAACUUACUGUUUUGGUAUAUGCCACUGUUCAAAAGAUUGUUUUUGAUACAAGAGGAACAAGGCCUAAGGCUGUGGGGGUUAUUUUCAAGGAUGAAAAGGGGCAACAGCAUCAUGCAAUUCUAAACAAUGAUGGGCAGAGUGAAGUGAUUGUGUCUAGUGGUGCAAUUGGGACUCCUCAAAUGCUAUUGCUCAGUGGAAUUGGCCCAAAAGAAGAUCUUCAGAAGUUGAACAUCCCUGUUGUUCUUGACAACCAUUUUGUUGGGAAGGGCAUGGCUGAUAACCCUAUGAACACAAUCUUUGUCCCUACUAAGAGACCAGUUAAACAAUCACUCAUUGAAACUGUUGGUAUCACCAAUUUGGGUGUCUACAUUGAAACUAGCUGUGGUUUUGGCCAAUCCAAUGACAGCAUUCACUGCCAUCAUGGCAUUGUCUCAGCGGAGAUUGGGCAACUCUCCACAAUUCCCCCCAAACAAAGAUCAAUAGAAGCUGUUCAAGCUUACUUGAAGAGCAAGAAAGAUAUACCAGUUGAGGCAUUCAGGGGAGGUUUCAUUUUGUCAAAAGUUGCGAAUCCUUGGUCAACAGGAGAGCUCAAGUUAGUUAACACCAAUGUGGAGGACAACCCUUCUGUGACCUUCAACUACUUCAGCCACCCAUAUGAUGUUCAUCGCUGCGUCGAGGGGAUUCGCUUGGCAACCAAGGUUGUCCAAUCUCAGCACUUCACAAACUUUACCAUGUGUGAUAGACAGACAACAGAGAAACUGCUUAACCUCACCGUGAAGGCUAAUGUCAACCUCAUUCCAAAGCAUGUCAAUGACACACAGUCACUAGAGCAGUUUUGUAGAGACACUGUGAUCACAAUUUGGCACUACCAUGGUGGCUGCCAUGUAGGGAAGGUAGUCAAUCCUGAUUAUAAGGUUCUUGGUGUUGAUAGACUCCGCGUCGUCGACGGCUCAGUAUUUCCAGAGUCACCAGGAACUAACCCUCAAGCUACUGUGAUGAUGAUGGGAAGGUACAUGGGACUGAAGAUUUUACAAGACAGGUUGGGGAAAUUUGAUGGUAUAUAAGUGUGUGCAUGUAUGUGAAGAUUGUGUCUAUUAAAGUGAGAAAAAGAAAAUUGUGUCAUAUGAAGAUAAGAAGAGAAGUAUUAGUUUUAGGACUGGAAAUUAAUGUAUUUUGCUUGUAAUUGACCAAUUGUCAGUGAAGAGUGAUUGUUAAAUAAUCAACGAAG